UUUUGAAGGCAAUACCAACCCAACACAGUUUCCUUAUGGAGUGUUAUUGAGGUAUGAGGGAAAGGGAGGGGUCAAGGAGGACUCCAAAAGUUGGGACCCACAUUUGGUGCCUUCACAGAUUUCUGUGGGCCAUGGCACCCGAGCACUGGAUCUCUGUGCCCUCGAAAGAAGACCCCGCCCCCGCCCCACUACCCAGCAUACCUAAGAAUAGAAUCUGACAGAAUAUUCUGUGGCUGUCGAUGGAAACAACACGUUACAUCAGAACCCCUGUGCGCUCUGUUAAUGUCGGAGGUUCAUCGUGUUCAGCAAGCUCAGCGCUUUCUGCCUGCACCCAUGGGUCUGCCCUGAUGCCCUGCCUCUGCCCCCAAGGCUGCGGGACUGCCGCUGUGCUCCCGUGCCCCACUGCAAGGGAAUCAUUCAAGUGUAAUGGAGAAAUUCAGAAACACAGCCCUGGAUGAGGUCGUGAUCCUGAACGUGAACACCACCGCCCCAGAAACCCCCUCUAGUGACCUCUGGAGACUCCCAAAGGACGUGGGAGAAAAGCGCCUCGGGAAGCACGCGCCUUGCCACAGAUCACUUGGCUGGUGGGGGCAGAGCUGAGACCGGACGACACCACAGCCCAUGCUGCCUCUGCUCAUGUACAUCGGCCCCCACUAAGGCAGAAAGAGAGGGCGGAAGCAGAAAAGAUAAAAGUACCAGACAGCACAAUAAAUUUCAUAUGUUGAAAAAAAAAAAAGUACCAGACAGGUGUGAGAAACACAAGGCAUGAACGGUCAUCUAAUUUCUCAAAAGAUGCAACACAAUUUUUAAAUGAUGUGAAAUACCAUUUUCAAAACAACACGGAGGAGUGUAUUUAACCGCACUCAGCUCGUAAAGAGCCGAUGGGCGAGUGGAAUAAUGGUGCACGCUGUAGCAUGUUGAAUGUAUUGGCAACAGAGAAGCUUGGUCGAAGGAAGCCGAGAGCGAGAGAGAGGGAUUCAGGUCCCUGCCUUGUCAGUUUGGGUUAUUGUCCAAAGAGAAAUGGGCAGUCAUAACCCUUGAACUGAGACACACACCAGCCUUUACACGCUUGAAAUCCCCAGCUUUCCCCCUAGAAAGGAGGGAUGGAGAAGAGAAGGCCAAGCGAGGGAAGCUGUUUCUGACUCACACGAGGGAGCUGGGGAGCCAUAGACAACCCUGGGAGAAGGCAGGGCUUCAGGCCCAAGAAUCACUCCUCUCCUCCCACGCCGUCUGUCUGCCCCCUGGUGGCCAUGCCCCAUCUCUGCAGGCCUGGCUGCCUGUCCCGAGUGGGCGACAGCCUGGCGUGAGGUGCUGUGGGGAUAGAGGGGGUUGGGGCCCGCUGGGCCGGGUAAGCAGGGCCUUGCCCUCAAUAGGCUCGUUAAAGCCGGAGGCAGCCCUGGAGGCUGGGGCCCGGCUGCCCUGCCUGGUCACCGUGGGAGGCUGCGAGGCCGUCGUUGGCCGGCAGGGGGUCAGGCCACCUGGGCCAUCACCCCUGCCCUGAGAUUUCACACGGUGCGCCCUCCUCUGCCGUCGAGGCCACCCGAGUUGGCUCCCUCCCUUCUCCUGGUGCCGAGGUCUGGGCACCGGGCCACUGCUCACCCUACGGGCAGAGUUAAACAUUAGUGGCAGGUUAUCAGGCAGAUCAGGGGGAGGGAGACCAGGAACCUGCACUCACCAGUGUCUCUGCUGGAGCCACCAGUUUCCACCCCUGCCGGACAAUGCCCGUGGAGGAGUUUGUGGCCGGCUGGAUCUCUGGUGAGACACUUUUCUCCCUUCUGUCACAUCCCCUCCACCCCAGGGGUGGGUCACUUCCUGGUGAUUUGGGAGGAGCUGAGACCAAAGUCCUGGUGGCCCAGAAGCACCACCCAGAGCCAGCUAUCCCGGAGCCUCCUGGCAGUUGCCCGAGGGGAGCGGAGAGGAAGCCGAGCUGCCCUCGCCUCCAGGGCCAAGGAGCUCUGGGUUUGGUCCUGGGACACCCUUUUGACACUGUAAAGGUGCGGCUACAGACCCAGACCACAUACCGGGGCAUCAUCGAUUGUAUGGUGAAGACUUACCGCCAUGAGUCGCUCCUGGGCUUUUUCAAGGGAAUGAGCUUCCCCAUUGCGAGCAUAGCCAUGGUCAACUCCGUCCUGUUCGGGGUCUACAGCAACACCCUGCUGGCGCUCACGGCAACCUCUCACCAGGAACGGCGGGCCCAGCCACCCAGCUACAUACACGUCUUCACAGCUGGCUGCACCGGAGGGUUUGUGCAGGUCUACUGCUUGGCCCCUUUUGACCUCAUCAAAGUCCGGCUACAAAACCAGACGGAGCCAAGGGCGCGGCCUCCGGGCAGCCCCCCGCCCCGGUACCGGGGGCCUGUGCACUGUGCGGUCUCCAUCUUCCAGGAGGAGGGGCCCCGGGGGCUGUUCCGGGGAGCCUGGGCCCUGACGCUGAGGGACACCCCCACACUGGGGAUCUAUUUUGUCACGUAUGAGUGGCUCUGCCGCCAGUCGACGCGGGACGGCCAGGACCCCAGCCCAGCCACGGUGCUGGUGGCAGGGGGCUUUGCAGGCAUCGCCUCCUGGGCCGUAGCCACGCCCUUGGAUGUGAUCAAGUCCCGGCUGCAGAUGGCUGGGCUGAAGCGCAGGGCGUAUCGGGGGGUGCUGGACUGCAUGGUAAGCAGCGCCCGGCAGGAAGGCCUGGGGGUCUUCUUCCGGGGGCUGACGAUCAACAGCGCCCGCGCCUUUCCUGUCAACGCCGUCACCUUCCUCAGCUACGAAUACCUCCUCCGCUCGUGGGGCUGAGUCCAGGCAGGUAAUGCCGGCCGCUCCCCAGCGAGACCACCGCCCACCUGCCCAGCUUGGAGGCCGAGGUGAAAGCACCGGCUUGCGAUCCGAUUCGAGAGGCCCAGUCCUUCCCAAGGGUGAGCAGCAGUGGGCCCGGGCCCUGGGCUCCGGAACACAGGCUGACUUCAGCCCCCCAGCAGCGCUCGCCUUGAGUCUGUGAAGUCCACUCCCGGCCCGUGGUGCUGGUGACCUUCUGGCCCCCAGCCUGGGGCUUCACCCCUUAAAGAGCUCUUAGAGGCUGCGCCCCUGGGCGCUAACCAGCCACCCCCUGGAUUCCAGCAACUCGUCCUCACGGGCCCUCCUCACCUCCUUCAAACUGCUCCCCGCGUGACCCCCUUGGAGAGCAGCCUUCUGUCCCCUGCUGGUCCAGGGUCCUUCAGUGGCUUCCUUUCCGGUCUGGGGGAGAGCCCCCCCCCCCUCCUGGGCCCUCCCUGUCCACUAGCUUUCUUCUCCCUGGGGGCUUCCACAGCCCAGCCCCGCACUUGGAGAAAAAGCUGUGCUGUUAUUGGCCUUGGCCUGGAAGGCUUAUUCCCUCGUGGCCAGGAGCAAACAGUUCCCGAGGGGUGGCUAAGCCCGCUCCGGGCCCAGGCUGAGCACUGUCUCUUGGAGUCUUUCCUUGCCUCCCCCUUGCCUCUUGACUGGCUGGGGGGUUUUCAUACCAUUCCCAACCCCCCACCUCCUAGUCCCCACCCCCACCUCAUCCCCUGAUCUCGUCCACAUCCCCCACAGGCUUGGAUCACGGCCCUCCCUCCCCUGUGCUUUGUCGUGGUUGUUGAUUUGCUUCUCAGCCUAACCCCAUUACACAGGGAGCUCCUUGAAGUCAGGGGCCAGACUUCUGAUCGGUCCCCCAACUCCAACCACCACACCCACUUCCUUGGUGCUGCACCCCCACCUUUCUACCAGGAGUUUUUGCCUGCCUGGCCCCUCUUGGGGGUCAUCUCCAGGGGACUGGUGCCGGAAGUCGAGGGCCACCUCCCCCAGGAGUGCUGGCCUGGCCACUCUCACGGACGGUGUUUGUUUUUCUUACCCAUCUCAGUUGCUAAGUGGGGGUUACAAACUGGCCAAAGAGGGGUUCCUUGAUUGGCAAUGAAGCCGAGGAGAGUUUGUACCCAUUAAUGUCCCUAUCUGGUCUGAGGUCAGCCUGGGCCCACCUUCUGGUGACCUGAGUGCCUGGAAUUCUUACCAUUUACUGGGGGCUCCCAAUGAAAACCAUUAAAAUAGGGGCACCUGGCUGGCUCUGUCAGUGGAGCACGUGGCUCUCCAUCUUGGAGUUGUGAGGUUGAGCCCCCCGUUGGGUGCAGAGAUUGCUUUUAAAAAACAAAAUAAAAUCUUAAAACAAAACA